CGCUGCUUAGGACUUGUCCUUACAUGUCUGGUUGAGAUUAUGCCCUGGCAUGUACCAGUGAUUCAGAGAGAGGGAGGAGCGCUCAGUGAGUCACUGCCUUAGUAUAAAAAGCUGCCCAGUGAGACCAGUGUGUUAGUUCACUGAGGAGCUUUACGCUGGUUUGAAAGAUGAAUAAGACUGGCGCAGAAGUUCCUCUCCUCUCAGAGAAGUCACUGCAUGUUUUACUUGUGCAACAUUUCAUCAGCACCGAGUGUCUGGGAGGAUUAGUCUCAUCGCUGGAGAUGCUUAAUUAAUGGAGACAAAAUUAACUUUCAAAUAUGCCAUGCCUGGUUUAUUAUUGUUGCUACUUUUUUAAAGCAAAACGCCAAUCAGUGUUACUCUAACCAGAGAUCUUCUGUCUGUUUCCAUCAGUGUAGAGUGAUGGCUUCUCACAAGCGAAUCUUGGGGGUUCUGAGAAAAAGACCAGCCCGGAGAAACCUGUUUGGGCCUGUGGACCGAGAGCAGCUACAGGUGGAGUACCAGGCUGCCAUGCGUAGCGACCUUCAGGAGGCUUCAAAGCGGUGGGGCUUUGACUUUAGCUUGGACAAGCCUCUGGAGAGCAGUGAUUUCCAAUGGGAAGGUGUCCCGAGCACUAGGGUGCCUCUGCUCUACAGGUCCUGUUUGCAGGAUCUCGGACAAGCUGAAGGCCAAAGGUCAGCAGCGACAGUUACUCCCAAGAGAGGGAGGGUGGAGACGGCACAGAGCGAGAAGGAGAACAUCCCCUGUACGCCGGGGAAAUGCACGCACAGCCAGGAGAUGCUGGAGAAAACACCGGAGAAGGGCGAGAACACGGGGCUGAAGAGGAAGCAGACGAACAUCACAGAUUUCUACCAGGCUAAAAGAAGAGUAGUGUGGAUGCCCCGCAAAUCCGGCGAGUGAUGUUCGGUGGAGAAACGCCAAUAUGCCAAGAGAACCUCACAGACAGGGCCACGCUCAGGAAUCACACGUCCCGCACAGACUCUGGCCGUGCACCCAGGAGGGACCUCAACCACACGUCAAUACAAAACACUUAAUUAGGGUACUGUAGUCACUCUGAGGAGAUUGGUGUUUUUUCCCUCAGUGGCAAGAAUGCGACAUUUGAGCAGAGAAGAUUAACAGUAAUCUCUGGAAUCAGUGGAUUUACACUGUUGCCCGACUGCACAUUCAGCCGCACUGAAAGCACAUUCACAUCCGCUGGAGAUGUGUCGAUUAAAAUCAUCCAGCCUCAUCAUGUCUGUAAGCUGAGAGGACAAAGCUCUUUGGCUCCGUAGUUCAAAUCCAUUAUUGUUUUUCUACAGCAUUUUUUCUACAUGUGUAUCACAAGGGUUUACCAGUCGUCUUCUUUUUUUUACUUUCCGAAGUAUGUUAUACUUUUUAUGUCCAGCUGUACACAGUGCUUUUAUCGACCAUCUUUUAAUCAAAGGAAGAUGCUUGAAGAGUUCUGACAUCUCAAACAUGCAGUUGCUUUGCUUAGAUUGUAAAAGACAGAAGUGCCAUCAUGUCCUCUUCCAUCCUUUUCCAUCUACUUUACAUCAGCUGAUUUUUGAUGUCCUUCGGCUGCCCAGACUCUGAUACUGAUAAUGUAAACUAGGAACACUUAAACACUUUUAUUUAGUUAUAUAUGUAUAAGAGAUUUAUCUAUAAAGUUAAAUAUGGCAUUGUCAGGUAGCAUAAUCAUUUAAACUGCAGUGUUGCACAUAAACACCCAGUAUCAAGUGCCUUUACUGGCAUUUGUUUUUGGUAUUUAAAGUUCCUUCAUCAUAAGUAAAUGUAUACUAAGCUAAAAUGUCACAUUUAUUAUUUUCACUGUGCAAUCUAACUAAUGAUAUGUUUUGUUUUGGGUUUUUUUGCCUUAAAUUUGUUCUUUUUUUUCCCUCUUGGCACUUAUUUAUGUCUACAUUAGCAAAUCCUGCUGCUAUGGGUAAUAUGAAUGGGUGUCACUGUGACGCUAACCCUCACCAACAGAAAGCUUACAAAUGCUCCGAAGCCGAGAAAAUAAGCGAAUGACCCCAAACAACGAAUGCACUUCUGUUUGUAGAUGCUUGCGCACAUUUCCUCUGUAUUGUGUUUUGUUCAAGGCUACAAGUGAAAAUCUCUGUCCUUAUUUAUUGUGAGAUACGAUGUCAUGUGUUAAUUUAGGUUUUGUUUAAUUAUUAUGAAAUCCAAUAAAAUGGUCAAAUGAA